GUGUAAUUAAACUGCAACAUCUCCAGAAAGCAGAAGCUGAAGAAGCACUGAAAACAGCUGAUCAGUCGAAGAAGAAGAAAGCUUCAUUCACAGAAGAAGAACAAAAUCGCGAUGAGAAAACGUGAUUUAUCCAUUCUUAUGCUCGCUGCUUUCGCCAUUUUCUUCUCUCUCCAGCAUGAGGGAGAUGUAUCGUUCAGAGAUGCAUGGUUUCAUUUAUUGGAUGAUUAUCCGAUCAAAUAUGAAGCGGACCGUCUUCCUCCGCCUAUUGUCGCCGAUCUCAAUGGCGAUGGCAAGCUAGAGGUCCUUGUUGCCACUUAUGAUGCUAAAAUUCAGGUGUUGGAGCCUCAUACUAGACGUGUUGAUGAAGGAUUUAGCGAAGCGCGUGUUCUUGCCGAGGUGACUUUGUUGCCUGACAAAGUUCGUGUUGCCUCUGGGAGGCGUGCUGUUGCUAUGGCAACUGGUGUUAUCGAUCGAAGUUACCGGCAAGGGCAGCCACGUAAGCAGGUAUUGGUGGUGGUGACGUCAGGAUGGUCCGUCAUGUGUUUUGACCAUAAUCUUAAGAAGUUAUGGGAAGCAAAUUUACAGGAAGAUUUUCCUCAUAAUGCUCACCACAGAGAGGUUGCAAUAUCAAUAAGCAAUUACACCAUUAAACAUGGAGAUACAGGAUUGGUUAUUGUUGGUGGUAGGAUGGAAGUGCAACCACAUAUUUUUUCAGAUCCUUUCGAGGAAAUAAGUAUGGCAGAGAAGAAUGCAGAGCAGCAUAGGAGAAGUGCUGGUGAAACUGAGCCUGCGGAGAACAAUGAAGUAGUGGAUUUGCGGCAUUUUGCAUUUUAUGCCUUUGCGGGUAGAAGUGGCCAGCUCCGAUGGAGUAGAAAGAAUGAGAAAAUUGAAGCGCAAUCCUCGGAGGCAUCCAUGAUGAUUCCACAACAUAAUUACAAGCUUGAUGCUCAUUCUUUACACAGUCGUCAUCCUGGAGAGUUUGAGUGCAGGGAAUUCCGAGAAUCUAUCCUGGGAGUUAUGCCACAUCAUUGGGAUAGGCGGGAAGAUACUAGUUUUGAGCUGGCCCAUUUCAAACGCCACAAGAGGAAGACGCUAAAAAAGCUGCCUGGAAAAAAUGCUAAUCAUCCUCUCCACAAGCCUGAGGAACAUCAUCGUCCAGGCAAGGAUUCAACAAAAAAGAUCUCAAAAAUGAUUGGAAAAGCUGCUGACUAUGCUGGUUCAGCUAAAACUAAGAAGGCAAUUCCAUAUGUACCCACAAUAACAAACUACACCCAACUUUGGUGGGUCCCCAAUGUUGUUGUAGCUCAUGAAAAGGAGGGUAUUGAAGCUCUACAUUUGGCAUCUGGUCGUACACUUUGCAAGCUUCAUCUUCAAGAAGGUGGACUUCAUGCUGAUAUCAAUGGAGAUGGGGUGUUGGAUCAUGUGCAGGUGGUGGGUGGAAAUGGUGCGGAGCAAACAGUUGUUAGUGGAUCUAUGGAAGUACUCCGGCCUUGCUGGGCAGUAGCUACUUCUGGGGUGCCAGUGAGAGAACAACUCUUCAAUGCCUCUAUUUGUCAUCAUUAUUCCCCUUUUGACUUAUUUCAACACGCCGAACUCUCCCGGGGUUACGGUAGAGCUCAGGAUUUUAGUUCUUUGGAGGUUGCCACACCAAUUCUCAUCCCAAGAGAUGAUGGCCAUCAUCAUGGGAAAGGAAGCCAUGGAGAUGUCAUCUUCUUAACAAGUAGAGGGGAGGUAACAUCAUACUCUCCCGGAGAACAUGGGCACGAGGCAGUCUGGCAGUGGCAGAUAAAAACAGGGGCAACAUGGUCAAAUCUACCAUCACCCUCUGGUAUGAUGGAAUCUGGUAACGUGGUUCCUACACUGAAACCAUUCUCUUUGCGGGCCCACGAUGAUCGAUACCAAUUGGUUCUUGUUGCUGGAGAUCAAGAGGCUGUACUCAUAUCUCCUGACGGCGGCGUCAUGACAACACUUGAACUUCCCGCGCCACCUACACAUACCCUUGUUUCUGCAGAUUUCUCAAAUGACGGGCUAAAUGACCUAAUCGUAGUUACCGCAAACGGGGUGUAUGGAUUUGUUCAAUCCCGACAACCGGGUGCCCUCUUCUUUAGCACAUUGGUUGGUUGCCUCAUUGUCGUGAUGGGUGUCAUAUUUAUAACUCAGCAUUUGAACUCUAUGGAUGGAAAACCUCGCGCUCCUAGGUGAUCAAUGAGUGUGAUUUUCUGGAAAUUUGAAACAAAUCUGCAAAAGUAUACUCUUCAAAUGUAUAAUACCCAAGAAUUACAGCAUGAUAAACUAUAUAUAAGAGAAGAUGAGAAGGUUUGCAGCUCAGAAAGAGGGGUUUCCAUGUUUCCUUAAAUCGAGUUUGGGACACUGUUGGUUAUACUUGGCUUGUAAAUUUGCAGCUGUUUUUUUUUUUGACCUCUUUUUCCCCUUUUUUUUACCCCUUUUUCUUUUGGAGGGGAGUUAUUUAAACUAGGUUUUGAUUAGUGGAGGAUGGAGUUUUGGUCUUGAGUUGUAGUUUCAAGUUUCUUAUGACAUCUUCAGUUGCUAGAAGCAUUUAGAAGAGUAUCUGUUAGGCUUAUUAGUUUGCAGGCCUUAUGGGUGUUUUGCCAGAAAAUCUUAUAUAGUGUGCAUUUCCUUUAAAUAGACUGGAGUAAAUUUAGUGCAGAGUACAAAUUGAAGUCAUACAGUGAACAAUAAGGCACAAGAUGGUCAUUAUCUUGUACUGGUAUUUUCUAUGGAUGAAUUCACUUUUUAAUGUUUGAACAAUGAGCAAGAAAUUGCUUUAAAGUUGUAAUUUCAUGCUACUUAGGUUUUGA